UCGCACUCAGUCGGUGGUUGUUGAUCGUCACGAGCGCAACUCGCACUCAAAUCAGUCGAUUCAGUUCAUUCUAGUUCGUCGCAGUGGCUGUGAAAUUCAAAUCGUCGACUAACCCAAUAAUUGAUAAACUAAUUAACCGAUUUUCGGUGUGUGCACAUCAUACUUCUGUGACAAUAACAAACGAGCUUCCAAUCUAAAACUGGAACCACGCAACAACCCAACGCGCAGCAAGUGAAUCAGAAAGCAAUUGCAAGUCCGUACAGUUUGUGAGCUCUCCCGGUGGAGAUAUGAUGACCACGACAACCUCGCAGCACCACCAGCACCACCCCAUCAUGCCGCCAGCCAUGCGCCCCGCCCCCGUUCAGGAAAGCCCCGUCUCGCGCCCCCGCGCCGUCUAUAGCAUCGAUCAGAUCCUGGGAAAUCAGCACCAGAUCAAGCGCAGUGAUACACCCAGCGAAGUGCUGAUUACGCAUCCCCACCACGCCCAUCCGCAUCACAUCCAUCACUUGCACAGCAGCAACAGCAACGGCAGCAAUCAUCUGUCGCACCAGCACCAGCAGCAGCAACACCAUCAGCAGCAGCAGCAGCAGCAGCAACAUCAGCAACACCAGCACCAGCAGCAGCAAUUGCAGGCUCAGGCCAAGCGAGAGGAUUCCCCAACGAACACGGACGGCGGCCUGGAUGUGGAUAACGACGACGAGCUGUCCUCCAGUCUGAACAAUGGCCAUGAUCUCAGCGAUAUGGAGAGGCCGCGAAAAGUUCGAAGAUCUCGCACAACAUUUACAACAUUUCAAUUGCAUCAACUGGAGCGGGCGUUCGAGAAGACCCAAUAUCCGGAUGUUUUCACAAGGGAGGAUCUGGCCAUGCGAUUGGAUUUGAGCGAAGCACGCGUGCAGGUGUGGUUCCAGAACCGUCGGGCUAAAUGGCGCAAACGUGAGAAGUUUAUGAAUCAGGACAAGGCCGGCUACCUCCUGCCCGAACAAGGUCUGCCAGAGUUUCCGCUGGGCAUUCCCCUGCCGCCUCACGGACUGCCAGGACAUCCGGGCUCGAUGCAGUCGGAGUUCUGGCCCCCGCACUUCGCCCUCCACCAGCACUUCAAUCCCGCUGCAGCCGCCGCCGCCGGCCUGCUGCCCCAGCAUUUGAUGGCGCCCCACUACAAGCUGCCCAACUUCCACACCCUGCUCUCCCAGUACAUGGGCCUGAGCAAUCUGAACGGGAUCUUCGGAGCGGGAGCGGCGGCUGCAGCGGCGGCAGCGGCCUCGGCCGGAUAUCCGCAGAACCUGUCGCUGCACGCCGGACUGUCCGCCAUGAGCCAGGUGAGCCCGCCCUGCAGCAACAGCAGUCCGCGCGAGAGUCCCAAGCUAGUGCCUCAUCAUGCAACCCCGCCGCAUGCCACGCCCCCCUCCGGAAGCGGAGGAUGCGGAGGCGGCACCACCUUGAUCUCCGGCGGACUGAUCUCGACGGCCGCCCAAUCGCCCAGCAGCGCUGCCGGCGCCAGCAGUAAUGCCUCUACUCCCGUUUCCGUGGUCACCAAAAGCGAGGACUGAAUGCUCCGUGAUAUUUGGAUUCGUUAUGUACAUAUAUAUGUAGAUAUAUCUAGUUAUACAUUUAUGGUUAUAUGGUAUAGCCCACGCUUUGUAAGAUAUAUGGAGCUUUGUCUAUGGCCAAAGUUAACGUAGUCGUAACAACUAAAGAAUUAUCUAUCUGUAAGAUCUUAGGGCGUAACUAGCCUCAUGCGAAUAGCAAUAGAGCGAACAUAAAGGAUAAAGGUAGUCUAUCCACUAAGGAAAACUGUC